AUGCCAAACCAUGCAUAUUCAUUUUAUGGAAGAGAGUUUGGUUGUCGUUCUUUAUUACAAAAUCAUGUAAAAAUUCAUAACAAUGUAAUUGAUAAGAUUUUACAAGAAAUAUCUGAAGAAAUGGAGGAGGAGAAGGAAGAGUUGAACUAUAAUAAACAACUAGGAGAAGCAGCAAUUGAAGAG